CUGUUUUUUUUCCAAUGAUUGAGAAGGAAAAAAACCAAACAAAUUGUGUUAUUGUGGUUUAAGUCAAGUGCAAAUGCAAACACAAUGGGCAACCAACUGGUCGGCAUUGCCCCCUCGCAAAUCUAUGCAGUGGAUCACUAUUUUUCGGGCCAAUUCGGCACGGAAAUUGUCUUCAGUUCCAACAUGGGGAGUACACGAUUUUUCAAGGUAGCCAAAGCCAAAACCGAUGAGGGUCUAAUAGUGGUGAAAGUCUUUGUCAAACAUGAUCCCACUCUGCCGCUGGAGGAUCACAAGGAUCGUUUAGAGGGCAUUAAGAAGACCUUGACAUUAGCCAACGCAGUCAACUGUUUACCAUUUCAAAGAGUGGAGCUUAUCGAUAAGGCGGCCUAUAUAAUGCGGGAGUAUGUGAAGCAUAGUUUAUAUGACCGCGUUUCCACACGCCCCUUUCUCACAGUACUAGAGAAGAAGUGGAUUACCUUUCAGAUUCUUUGCGCACUUAAUCAGUGCCAUAAGCAAAAGAUUUGCCAUGGCGAUAUCAAGCUGGAGAACAUAUUGAUUACCUCAUGGAAUUGGAUCCUACUCUCGGACUUUGCUUCAUUUAAGCCGACAUAUUUACCUGAGGACAAUCCUGCGGAUUACACAUAUUUCUUUGAUACGAGCAGGCGGCGAACUUGUUACAUAGCACCAGAGCGUUUUGUGAAGACUUUGGCUUCCGAUGAUGAUGGUCAUAAUGGAAAUAUGUCAGUAAUACAUUCCGAUUCCAUAAUUCGAUUGGGCCCUAGUUAUGCAGGCAACACACUGUUACCAGCUAUGGAUAUCUUUUCAGCGGGCUGCGCCCUGCUUGAACUCUGGACAGAGGGUACCGCGCCGUUUGAGCUCUCGCAAUUGUUGGCCUAUAGACGCGGGGAACGUGAACUGGUGGAGAAACAUUUGGCUGGGAUUGAGAACGAGAGAUUACGCAAUUUAUUGGCCUCCAUGAUUGACAUACAUUCGAUAAAUCGAAAGAGUGCUGAAGAUUAUUUGGAUCAAGAGCGUGGCAAAUUGUUUCCAGAAUAUUUCUAUUCCUUCUUGCAAUCCUAUUUGCAAAUGUUCUCUUCAACUCCCAUUAUGUCACCCGAUGAUAAGGUCCAAUGUUUACAUAAGGAUAUUGGACAUUGUAUUAAGGUAUUAACCCAAGAUCCAAAUCUAACACCCGACGAGGAGGAUGAUCAUACCGAGAAAAAGGAUCCCACCAUGUGUGCCCGUCUGCCUUCGGAACACGAUGGUCUUAUUUUAAUAAUCACGGUGGUGACCUCCUGCAUAAGAGGCUUGACGCAGACCAAUACAAAAAUUGCUGCAUUAGAGCUACUGCAAAGACUGUCCAAGUAUACCACUUCCGAGACCAUAUUAGAUCGCAUAUUGCCGUAUAUACUUAAUCUGGCUCAAAAGUCACCGGCCAAGGUACAAGUGCAGGCCAUCGAGACCCUAACAGCUUGCCUCAGUAUGGUCAAGGACAUUCCACGGAGCGAUGCCAAUGUGUUUCCCGAAUACAUAUUACCCUACAUAACAGACUUGGCCAGCGAGACUAGUGCGGUAAUUGUCCGUGUAGCCUUUGCCCGCAAUAUUGCAGCAUUGGCCAAGACGGCUGUCUAUUUUCUGGAGGAGACACAACGUAAUGCGCCCAGUGAAAUGCCCACUCCUCGCUACGAGGCCGAAUUGAAUGCUCUACAUGAUAUCGUGAGACAGGCAGUGCUUAGCCUGCUAACCGAUUCUCAGCCGGUGGUUAAACAAACGCUCAUGGAGUCUGGCAUUUGUGAUCUAUGCGCUUUCUUUGGCAAGGAGAAGGCCAACGAUGUGAUACUCUCACACAUUAUGACCUUUCUCAAUGACGAGGAUAAGAAUCUUCGUGGAGCCUUCUAUGACAAUAUAGCCGGCGUUGCUGGCUAUGUAGGUUGGCAGGCAUCGGAUAUUUUGGUUCCAUUGCUGCAGCAAGGAUUCACGGAUCGUGAGGAGUUUGUUAUUGCAAAGGCCAUACGAGCGGUCACAAUACUCAUCGAGCUGGGUCACAUAAAGAAGCCGACUAUAACUGAAAUCGUGCAGGAGUCUGCCUGCUAUUUAUGCCAUCCCAAUUUGUGGGUGCGCCAUGAGAUCUGUGGCAUGAUAGCAACCACAGCACGAAAUCUCAGCGCCAUCGAUGUGCAGUGUAAAAUAAUGCCGGCAAUCGGACCAUUCCUCAAGGUACCACUCAUUCAGGUGGAGAAGGCUCACAUUUUGCUGGAUUGUGUGCAAAUGCCUAUACCCAGGCAGAUAUACGAGAGCGUUUUGCGUUUCCAUGAUAUGCCCCAUUUGUUCCGGGCUCUGGAAAGCCGCUGCCGAGUGCGCAGUCAGACUCGUUCCGGAGCCCUACCGCAAUACGAGGAUAUGGGUCAGACGUUGCGUAAUCUUUUCAGACGCCUAACUUCCGAGGGACUAACGGAUUCAAUUGAGAUGCAGCUUCUCGCCAUGAAAUCGUUUUUAAUUUCACUCAAGCAUAAGGCCAUGCAAGAAGUGGAUGACGGUGCAUCGGGGAAUGGAAGGAUUUUGGUCAGUCGAAAGCAAGUGGCCUGUCAUGAUCAUCUCUUGGCGGACAAAGGGAUGGGCAUCAAGUUGCCAGCAGAAAAUCGUUCAAAUGAGGCGGUUUUGUUGUCACCUGCCUCGGAUGUAGCUGCUGUUACGCCAUUAGUCGGCGGCGGCGUUAUGGCUGGUAGUCCAGCCUCCGGAACCCUUGGUUUGGGCGUGCCACCAUCAACAUUGAGUGCAGCCACCUCUCUGGGAGAGUACACUAUGCCGGAGCGAAAUCAUUGGCUUGAAAGAUCAUCAGAAUGCCGGCGGGAUUUGGAUUCGUUAACUCUCAAGAUCAAGAGACGAUACAAUGUUCUGGCCAUAUCGCAGCGAUGCAGUAACGACCGCUUGGUCACCCCCUACCCACCGCAAUGGCGUUUAAACGGUACACUGGUGGCCCAUUUGCAUGAGCAUUCCGAAUCCGUCAUCAAAUUGGCUCCACUCAAUGAGCGACCACAUGGUUCACUCUUUGCCAGUGGAAGCAUCGAUGGCACUGUGCGAUUGUGGGACUGCAGCAAGCUAAAUGGUAACCAAGGCAUCAACAAAUCCCGUCAGGUAUACUCGGCCAAUACGCCUAUCUAUGCGCUGGCCGCCUGCGACGGUGGCCAAUCACUGGCGGUGGGCGGUAAAGAUGGAAGUCUGCUGAUGAUGCGCAUUGAUAGAAAUUCAGCAAAAAUGACCCUUCAACAGGCCCUGGAACAGAAUGAUCAUAACGAUGGCCCCGUGGUGGAUAUGCAUGCCUAUGAUCAAGCGACGCAGAGUGUUAUCGUCUAUGCUACCUUGUAUGGCGGCAUUGUGGCCUGGGAUACUCGCAUGCAGCAUAGCGCCUGGCGUUUACAGAAUGAGCUUCGACAUGGCGUCAUUACUACAAUUUGUGCGGAUCCAACGGGUUCGUGGUUGGCCACUGGCACCAGCGGCGGCAAGCACAUAUGCUGGGAUUUGCGUUUCCGGCUGCCAAUUGCUGAGAUUAAGCAUCCGGCCGAUUCCUGGAUUCGCAAAGUGGCAUGCCAUCCAACGGAGCCUUCUUAUUUGAUCUCAGCUUCGCAAUCCAAUAACGAAGUAUCGAUAUGGAAUAUUGAGACUGGUCAGCGGCAAACAGUACUCUGGGCCAGUCCAGCCCCAGUCCUUACGAACACCAGUCUUAAUGAUCCGGCUACCACAUGUGGCAUUUUAAGUGGUGUAGUGGAUGGUUCACCGUUUAUACUUACAGGGAGCUCAGAUCAGCGUAUUCGUUAUUGGGAUAUAGCCUCGCCAAAGAACUCUUCGCUGAAAGUGCCAGCGGCCAAUGAUAAUCUAGCGGAUGUGAAUUUUAACUAUUGUGCUCGUCUCAUCGAUGGCAGCCAGGUAAUUGAAGAGCAAAUUAUUUCCAUGAGCAACACUGGUGACUCGCAACAGCUGCGCACAUCCGCUGAGGAAAAUCCACGUUCUGGUCCUGAUAUGCCAACGGCUAGUCACCAUGACGCUAUCACCGAUUUGCUGAUGUGCAAGGACAAGGGACAAAUUUACAUAGCUUCGGCCUCUCGCGAUGGCGUAAUAAAGUUGUGGAAAUAAAGAUCCUGCUAACAAGUAUAAUUAUAAUUAUGGUAUCUAUACAUAUAUUCAAACUGUGAUUAGGAUAAGUCUAAUUCAAAUGCAAUAUUUAAUCAGCAAAUUGA